UGCACCCGUGAAUGUGGCGGGACAGAGAGAAAGGCCUCUCUGGAUUAUCUUAACACAGCAGGAUCAUAAAGAGAGAUGCAGCUCUUGAGAUAGCUUUGGCCCAAGGUGUUUAGGGCUUUGUUGGUUAGAACCAACACCUUGAAUUCAGCUUCGAAACAGAUCGGCAGCCAGUGGAACGGCUGUAACAGGGGGGUGGUCCCAGUUAGCAAUCUGGCUACUGUAUUUUAAACCUGCUGAAGAUUCCUAACACUUUUCCAGAGGCAGUCCCAUGAAGAGUGCAUUACUGUAAUCCAGUUGGGAUGUAACUAAGGCAUGUGUCAUGACCAGACCAGACCUCUCCAAGAACGGCACAGCCGGUGCACUAGUUUUAAUCAUGAAAAUGCACCCCUGUAUUUUCCAACACUGUGUAACCUCAUCCAGCAGAAGCUGAAUCCCUUUUCCUUGAUCUGCCUUUUCAACUGACCAGGAGCACCUCUGUCUUGUCUGGAUUCAGUUUCCGUUUAUCCAUCCUCAUCCGAGUUGCAUCCAGUCACUUCUAUUAUCCCAUGCCUGUUCAGCAUGCCAAAUCCUCCUUUGCCUAAUUUUGGGUUGUCCACUACAAUUUUGCUUCCUGAAACAGACACAGGUCCAGGUUCCAGCUAUUGCGCACACUGUCCAGGCCCCAACCAAGUUAUUCUGGCAGUUGAAACAGAAAGUCCCACAGACAGUUCUCCACUUUCUUGCUAGAAAAAUGAUAGUAAUAAUAACAUAACUAGCCGUUUGCUUGUUAGUGUUUUUUAGCUUUUUUUUAAGUGUUUGCUGCUUCUCUACACGACUGCCUCCGCUAUAACACUCAGAGCCCUGACUACCCUAUCUCAUUGUUUCCAGUGGGCAGAGCCCUAUUGGCUAUCGAGGCCUAAAGUCCACACGCUAGUCGCCGCUGGAACAGAUUCAACAGGUCUGCUGUGGGAUGGAGUUAACAAACAGACGCGGGUCUUUCAAGCUCCGCACGUAGAAAUGCUUCCGUCCCCCAAGCCGUAUGCUGAGAGCUCAGCCAGCAGGUGGCGCUGCUCAACCGCCAGGGCGGAGCUCUCGGCUCCUCGGGGCGGCGGCGACGUCUUGCGCCCGGCUGCCUUAUCCAAACCCAGGUAAGGCGGCUGAGUUGUGAGGAGACCUCGCACGAGGCUCCAGCGGGGAGGGGCCCGGCGGGGAGGCGUGGCCGCCGCCGCCUCUCGCUCCUCUCCAGCUGCCAGUCGGAAGAACGCACCGGGCGGCUCCUUUUACAGCGCUGCCGCCGCCGCCGCCCUCCGUUCCCUGCUGCUGGGUAGAAGAAGCGCCGUGCCGCGACCGGCGCCUGGCACGAGGGUGAGGGGCUUAGUUCUCCUUCGCUGCCGCUCCCUUUUGCCUCAGAAGGGGAGGAGAGGGAAGGAGGGAGGGAAGCAGAAGAGGCAUUCCGGCCGCUCUCGACUCCUCUCAACAUGAGUCCGGAGGAGAAGCCGCCGCCGCCGCCGCCACGGACGACCCAUUUCCGGGGCAGCCGGGAGCCCCAGCGGCUGCGGCGCGGAGGACUCUUGACGGAGUUUCGGACACCUCUCCUCACCGAGCCCUUCCAGGAGCGCUACAGCCUCAGCCCCGGCGGGGAACUCGGCAGGGGGAAAUUUGCAGUAGUAAAGAAAUGUGUUAAUAAAGAAUCUGAAAAAGAAUUUGCAGCAAAAUUCAUGAGAAAAAGACGAAAAGGCCAAGAUUGCCGCCUGGAGAUUGUUCAUGAGAUUGCAGUUCUGGAACUUGCACAAUGCAGUGAUUGGGUUAUCAGUUUGCAUGAAGUAUACGAAACAUCAACAGAAAUGAUUUUGGUAUUAGAAUAUGCUGCUGGAGGGGAAAUCUUUGACCAGUGUGUUGCUGAAAGAGAAGAUGCCUUCAAAGAAAAAGAUGUUAAGCGUCUUAUGAGACAGAUCUUAGAAGGCGUUUCAUUUUUACAUCAAAAUAAUGUUGUUCAUCUUGACUUGAAGCCCCAAAAUAUUCUGCUAACAAAUGAAUCUCCAUUGGGAGACAUUAGGAUAGUUGACUUUGGCCUUUCAAGAGUGAUGAUGAAUAGUGAAGAACUAAGAGAAAUCAUGGGAACACCUGAGUAUGUGGCUCCAGAAAUCCUGAGUUAUGAUCCAAUCAGUACAGCAACAGAUAUGUGGAGCAUUGGAGUACUAGCAUAUGUCAUGCUAACAGGAGUAUCGCCUUUCUUGGGAAAUGGUAAACAGGAAACCUUUUUAAAUAUAUCUCAGAUGAACAUAAAUUAUUCUGAGGAUUUUGACCUUGUAUCCGAAUCUGCUGUGGACUUCAUCAAAACUCUUCUGGUUAAAAAACCCGAGGAACGGGCAACUGCAGAAGAAUGCCUGCAACAUUCUUGGCUAGCACAAACUUAUGUUCCAGAUACAAUGUUCUGGAAUAAGAAUACAGAAAAAGAAUCAGAGGUUGUUAUUAUAAAUGAAGAUGCUACUUUUGAAAAUUCUGCAGAUGGAGAGAAAAAAGAAGAAACAGUAAUGACAGAAGAGUUGAUCGUAGUAGCUUCAUAUACACUAGGUCAAUGCAGGCAGUCAGAAAAAGAGAAGAAUAUUGAACCCAAACCCAUUUCGAUACGGUUUAAAUUUGAGGAACCAUUAUUGCAAGAAAUACCUGGAGAAUUUAUUUACUGAGUUUUUUUCUGUUCUAGAGACUUUAAAAGUGAUGUGGAUACUGGUUCUUUUGUCCUCAGACCAGUUUAUAUACAGCCAAAUAACAUGCACAUACAAAAACUUUCUACAUAAAGAAACUCUUUAAAAGUCAACUAGGAAACAAUGCCAAACUUCUUUAUUUUUAUGGAAUUGAUAUACAGAGGAGAGCACAAAGAAGUUCAUUUUUUCCAUCUGCUGAUACUGUGCUUUUUAAAUAGUUAUUUGUGUAAAAGUGAUGGAUACUUCAGUUGACUGGACAAGCUGAUAGGUGUGCUUUUUCACCAAGUGCAGCAAAAAAUACGAAGAGCAAUUAAUAUUUGAGCACCUUACAUGUAUUAAGGUAUAUUUGUCUUGUUCCAUUCUGUUUUAAUCCUGAUGAAAUGGGUGAACUUGUCCCCCUUUGACUUGUCAUAGUCUAGUUUUUGAAUUUAAGUCAAGAUUCAAAUAACUUAAUAAUUUGAAGUUGGAGGGAGGAAGGAAAGCCUCUAAUUGCCAUUUUACCUCAGACUGCAUUGACUGGGUUCUCCCAGUUCUUUUGCUACAUCAUGACCAUUGUAAUGGUGUAAAGAGGUUCUGCCUGUACGCUCAGAACGAUCAAAUGAUUGCUGCAUAUCAGCAGGCAGAGAGGGUGACAUAUUUAGAAUAUGCAUAUGUCUUGCUGCCCAGUCUAAAUGCCUGUCAUUUUCUACCCAGAUGAAAAGUGAAGCUUUCUAUACUCGUUCAAUUAAAAUAUGCUGUUUGUUUCUCGUGUGCAUGAAAUGUUGCCUCUUGGUUAAUUGUUCUUUCACCAGGAGUAGGCAGUAUUUUGUCUUGAAACUAUUCUACUGAAUUUGGUUUUUCACAUGCAGUGAAAUUAUUGUUUCUGCUGUUUAACAUUUUCCAGAGCUGGCUCUUCUACUUAAGAGUCAUCUCUAGCUUUGUAAUGGAAUGUGCAUGUGCUAGUCUGCAGUAGACAGAUUGGAGGGGGGUAGAAUUAAUCUGACUAUAAAGGGCACAAAGUUGCUUUAGUUUAUGAAGAACACAUGGAAGCCUAGUGACCUUUACAAUGUGUGCUGCACAGCAUAUAUUAAUUUUGUCUCUUGUCAGUUCAUUUGUUUGCCAUUAGCAGAAAUUGCACUGAAUUUCCAAAACAGCUUAUCAGUGAAUCUGGUUUCCACUGAUUUAAGUGACUUAUUUGGAAAUGACUUUUUUUUUGAAAAGCUGAGAUAUAAUCUUAGCAGAUUUCUAGAUCCAAACAGAGCAACAUGUUAUUCAAAUGUUGUAAAUGAUUUCUAUGAUUAAAAAUCUGUUUGGAGCACUAAGAAAUGUAAAAGUGUAUCUAGCACAAAGAUAACAUACUGGUUUUAUGAGUAGCAGCAAUAACCUGUAAAAGGACCCAUACUUUUUUUGAGGAUCUACAGUACUUUCUAUUGUUACUCCCAGAGGUUUACUUUUUUUGUAUUAUCUUACGAAGGCUGUACUCAAGUUCAGCUUGUUUGUGUCACAGUUCAUGUCAGAUGCAUAAAACAUUCACUCUUUGACAAUGAAGUGGUGUUUGUUCCUUUGUCCAAACAGACCUUUUGGUGGUACAACAAAGGUAAAUUCAUGUUUGCCUUUGUUGUACCUCAUAUUGGUGAGGUAAUCAAGUUGUGAUUAUGCAGAAAUCUUUAAAUUAAUUAUACAGUGUGUGACCUAGCAAAUGUACACUUGGAUUCCUCUUCCAAUGUGAGUGCAGAUUUGAAGCUGUAAGGAAGAGAAUGCAUCCUAUUACAUCUUCGUUUGAAUUGUUCAAUAAUAAAACUUCAUAAACAGUUUAAUAAUUUUAACGUACUUCUAACAAAGCCAGCUUCUUUUCAAGUUGGCUGCUUAGAAACUUCUUUAUAUUCUAUAGAGUAAUAAUUUGCUGUGCCUUAAGAUAAGUUUUGUACAGUAAUAAAACCACUUCAAAUAUGUAUAAAUGCUACAGAGGUAUAAUGUAAGUUAUAAAUAAAAGUUAAGUUCAUCUGUAAUGGAAGAAAAUCGUAUAUAUAAGGACAUCAGCUAAUUCCAUAAAUGGAAUUUAUGCCACUCUACCAUACUCUGGAAGCAUGAAGUUGUGAUCUAAAGCUAUAAAAUGAAAUCUAUAUAUUGAAGGUUUUCUUGCAAUGAAUUGUUACUGAAUAAUAAACAGUGUUAUUCCAAGGUACAAACUGGAAAUCCUACAGCAGAAAAAUAAACAUUCUCUCCAGA